AUCUACUCAGUCUAGUAUAUGUUGAGCGGGUCGUCUGCACACAAUAAUCACUAUAUAUCCUUCAACUCCCUCAGCUCCAUCCAUACAUCAGAUUCAUAAUCAUCCUUCUGAUUCCUUCUCCCUUUCCUUCCCUUCCUUCCCUCACUCCUCCAACACAAUGCCUCGCACCAGCACAUAUGCAAAGGAGGUCCCUCUCCCCGUCACCUACACCCCCACCACCCAUCGCAUCAGCAAGGCAAAGAAGGGCAAACGGGUCCAUGCGUGUCAAUAUCCCGGCUGCGCCAAGGUCUUUACCCGAGCCGAACACAGGAGACGGCAUGAGUUGAACCACAACCCUGAAGCGUUGUUCGGCUGCACGCAGGAUGGCUGCAAGAAGGCCUUUCACCGUCCGGACCUGCUCGCCCGCCACAUGGAAAGACAUGACCUGGAGACGCAACUGGACACCGCAAGCUGGGAACAACCCACCCACGCGCCUGUAGUCGACGUCCCCUUUGUGCCCACCAAGGAGACCAACGCCCAAGUGGAGACCGCCUCGCGGUACCUCGCCGUCACGAACUCCAUGUCCAUCGGGUCCCUCGUCGGACCCGCCAUCCACCCCGACCUCCAAACCGACUACAGCAUGAUGUGGCCCAGCCAGGAGCAUCAUCUGCACGCCGACCCCCACCCCCCGAUGUACCCCAGCCAUCACGUCCACGAGUCCGUCGAGGAGCACCGCUUCUACGCCACCCCAGAGAGCUGCCCGUCGCCGUCCUCCGACGGAACCUCCCUGUCUAUCCCAUCGCAUCCGCGCUCCUCGCUCUCCGCUACUCCCGUCACCGUCAUCGACCACUACCCCGACACCAACGGCAACAUCCUCGAGCCUACUCUGACCUCCUCGCCUAUCCCCAUGCACGCUACUCACAUCCCCCACCACCACCAUCAACCCCGCUGGGACGCCGAGCCCGCGCUGCCUCCCGUCCCGCUCAACGUCCACGACGCUAUCAUGCACCACCCCGUCGCCAUGCCUUGCUCUUAUCCUCCGCCUUCGUGGCCCUCUACCCACAACCUCAGCUACGACGACACGCCGCACUACUCGCACGAGAUGCCGUGGAGGUCGUGGACGAUGUAACCCUUUCUUCUCAAUACGUCUGAAUCCGGGAUGAC